AAGGAAAAAAAAAAAAGGCAAUUUUUAACAUUUUCUCGUUUAUUCCCCUCUAAAAGGCGGGCAAGGCUCCCGAUCACGUGAUCCCGCCCCCUCCCCCAACUCCGGGCGGAAGAGGCCGGCGGCACCUCUGCACGAAGCGAGUGGGCGGCCGCUCGUGCCCGGCUAAAAGAUGGCUGCUGCCGCCGGGCAGCCACCGCCUGGGAGGUUACUGUAAGGCCCGCAACUCCCGCCAGCUCCCGCGGACCGCUGCCGCCUCCUUACCAUGAAGCCAGUGAGUCGUCGCACGCUGGACUGGAUUUAUUCUGUGUUGCUGCUUGUCAUCGUUUUAAUCUCCUGGGGCUGCAUCAUCUAUGCUUCAAUGGUGUCUGCAAGACGACAGCUAAGGAAGAAAUACCCAGACAAAAUCUUUGGGACGAAUGAAAAUUUGUAACUCUUCUGGAUUUACUUCUCUGAAAAUAGUUCUUUCCCUCAUGCUUAGUUGCUGCUUGCCAUCGUUUUAAUCAACUGGGGCUGCAUCAUCUAUGCUUCAGUGGUGUCUGCAAGACGACAGCUAAGGAAGAAAUACACAGAACAAAAUCUUUGGGACGAAUGAAAACUUGUAACUCCUCUGGAUUUAAUUCUUUGAAAAUACAGUUCUUUCCCUCAUGCUUAUGUAAAUUUAAAAAUAAAAUUCAUAAUGCAAAGUU